UUGACGUUACAUUCGGCCAAAUGCAUUCGCGAAAUAUUCGAUAUCCGACGGCCUAUAAAUUAACUGCAUUAUACAAAAUGCAGCUAGUUUGUUUUCGACCAUUGUAGCUCGUUCAACAUGAAGUACUUUGUGGCGAUAACGUGCCUUCUGGCUCUGUCCGUCCCGUCAAGAGCUACCGGGUAUGAAGGCCUCGUGUAUGCGCCGGGACAUGCUUCUCCUGAAUACUAUUCUUACCCUAGCUACGAGUACGAGUACUCCGUAAGGGACCCUCACACCGGUGACAACAAGGCCGUUUGGGAAAAGCGAGAUGGCGAUGUUGUAGUUGGUGGCUACUCAUUCGUGGAGCCAGGGGGCAGCAUUCGUAUUAUCGAGUACCGCGCUGACAAGUCUGGUUUCACUGCGCCAGUAGUCAAGCGAAUCGGCCCUAAAGUACACCCUGGAGGCGCCACUUCAACCACCACUAUCUCUAAACCAUCAUCGCCCAUACGAGAAUUUGCCCCAGCGCGUAUAAUUUCCGCUCCCGUUAUUGCCCCAGCGCCGUUGCCCGCGCCUGUACGUAUCCCGCUGCCCGCGCCUAUCCCUGCCCCUGCGCCCUUGCCCGCACCGGUAUAUACUCCGCUACCCGCUCCCAUAUACAGGCCGGCGCCCACGCCUGUAUACGCAUCACUGCCCGCGCCAACCUAUACGUCACUGCCCGCGCCCAUAUAUAAACCGGCGCCCAUACAACUAUCUCUACCGUAUUACUCCGCGCCCUACAUCCCAAGACCGAGCAUACCCUAUUCCGCCUUAUCAUUCCUAUCCGGAGGUCACGGUUUAGGACAUGGUUCGAUCAAUAAUUAUAACUACGACUUGUACAACUCAUUGAACUACCACUAAAGACUAAACAAAACGCGGAAGCUGCUUGACGACUCAAAAUGCCGCUUACCAUUUAUUUCGCAAUACGUUAGGAUAUGUUGUGAGUUAUAUUUUACAAAUGUUAAUGUAAGAUAUUUAUGUUUUCUAAUUUAUGACAUUACGGCAGUAAAUACGGACACGAUUAAAGCAAAUGCCACCAUGUGGUAGAAACAUAA